AUGGUCUUCAGGGUUGGCUUAAGAAAAGGACAUCACUCUGAUGUGGAGUCUGGAUACUCUCUCUAUUCCACUGACUCUGAUGAUCAGGUUGAUACUAUUCAUAAUGGACUUGACCGUUGUGCAGCUUUGCUGAAGAGUAUCUUACAAAAUGAGGCUACAGUGCCAAUAUUAAAUAGAAAACUUGCCUCGUCUACCACGCCUUCUACUGAGAAAGAACUUCCCAGUGCAGCACAGAGUCAAAUGGUUCAACCAAUUCACGUGCCUUGCAGCCAACACUCUCCUGUGAUACAUCAGAAACUGUGCGAGCAUGUGCGCACACAGAUGUCUUUGAUAACUGGCCAGCCACCACAGAACAGUCACGAAAUUCCUACUGUAACCCCUUUUCCUACCUCAAAUCACGUGCCUGCAUUCACCUCGUCAUCUUCUGGCAGAGAGAUGACCCCAAACCACGAGCAACAGAUAAAAGAAGCAGAUUUGGUAAGAUGCAUACAAGCUCACCUGGCCCUGUUACAAUCACAUGAAAUGAUGAACGGCAGGACUGAACAGAAGCACCGUCAUCAUUGUCCUGCAAAACAUAAUGCUUCAAGUAACAAGGAGGAGGAUACUCCUGAAGACCAUAGUGAGGGCACAGCCAGCGAAGAAGAUGAAUUGAAAGCACGUCCUGAAGACCGUAGUGAGGACACAGCCAGCGAAGAAGAUGAAUUGAAAGCACUUGACAUAGCCCCGAUGAGAGAUACAAGCUGUAAGACGAGUUUUGUGAAGGAAGUGCUAAAAUCUAGAAAAGAAAGUCCGGAAGAAACAGCCCAUAAAGUUAAGACUGUGAAAUACCUUUUGCGAGAGCUCAGGGCACUCAUAACAGAUGAAGAUGAUUCAGAAAUGUUAAGGUUGAUGAAUGAAAUAGAAGACUGCGUAUCGUUGCUCCCAGCUGUAGUGGGAAGUAUGAACAUACAAGCUGAAAUAGCGCUGGCUUUACAGCCUCUCAGAAGUGAAAAUGCCCAGCUGCGUAGGAGACUAAGAAUAUUAAAUCAGCAACUUGGGGAACGAGAAAUAAGUGAGAAGACAUCUGGACAAAGCUGCAACUAUGAAUUAGUUUCUUUGCAGUCCUUGAAUAUGAUGCUCCAGAGUCAAUUGCAAGAAUCACUGAAAGGUCUUGAGUCACUGCAGGCUAAAAACGAAGAACUACUUAAAAUAAUAGAAAGUCAGAAAGAAGAGAAUAAACAUCUUGCAAAAGAUGUUCAAGAUAAAGAAGAAGAAUUGCUAGAAAACAAACAGCAUUAUGACAUUCAUUCCACCAAGCUCAAGAUUGAAGCGGAAGAGGCAUUAGCAAAUGUGAAGAGCCUUCAGUUUAAGCUGGAAGCUUCAGAGAAAGAAAAUAAGAUUUUGGGCAUAACGUUACGUCAGCGUGAUGCAGAAGUUAACAGACUGCGUGAAUUAACCAGAACCUUGCAGGGCAGUAUGGCCAAGCUUCUCUCUGACCUCACAGUAGACAACAUCAGACCCAGACCUGAAAAAGGUCUCUCAAAGUCUCUUUUGGAAGACCAUGAAAAGCAGAUGCAACCUGAUCCAUUUCCUGGGAGUACUUCAGUAGUGACUUAUUUAAAAAAAUUAGAAACGGAUCAUAUUUUGACAGAUACACAACUUCAGUUCUCAAAUAAAAGCGGAGAAUCAGAAAUACGAAAUCUAUCCUAUGAAAAGUCGGCUGCUGAAGGAAGUAAAAUAAAGAGUGCGUUCUUGGAAGGAGGACCAUCAACUCCCAGAAUAUUGCCUACCUCACUGAAGCAAGAUGCAGAAACGGUUAGUGAUUCUGGGACUUUACUAGAUGACCAAACCAGGUUGGAUGACACUGUUUAUAUUCCAUUGACUAGCAGUGCCUCUAAAAAACAGUUGCCAAUCUCUGAAAGAACUUGUCUACUACCCCAAAGUAGAGGGGCUUGUAAGAUGUUGGACUAUGACUGUGAACACUCUAACUCUGUGCAGCAGAAUGGAUGUGAGAUAUCGAAGGAUCCGACUCUUCUGGAUAAAUUAAGUACUGGGAGCAGUGUGAAAAAGACUGUGGAAAAAAUGCUGGAAGUUACAGGGGAUAAAGUGAAGACAGAAGGAAACAAAGUCCAAAUGAGGCUUAAAGGCACUCCAAGUGCAGCUCCAAAAGACUUCCCAGAUAAACCAGACCAAUCUCAGCCUGGUACAUACCCUCACAUACCGAUGCUAUUUCCAAAAGAGAUUUCUUGGAAAAAAGGCAGUGAAAUAGCUGCUUUUAGUUCCAUUUCAUUUGAUGAUAUGUCAGGGAAGUCUGAGUGGAGUGCAUCCUCUUUCUCAACAUUUACUUCUCGAGAUGAAGAGGACUUUAAGAAUAGCUUAGCAGCCUUGGAUGCCAACAUAGCUAGAUUACAAAGAACUCUGCAAGAUAGCAUGAUGAAACAAUGA